AUGGCCUCUACACAACUCAAACGAAUCUCAAAGGAAGAGGUUGGCAAGUCGGUUAUUCAGUGGAUUAUCAUCGAUGCGGUGGUCUACGACCUAAGCAAGUUCAAAGCCAUGCAUCCCGGAGGUCUUUCCGUGCUCUUGGACCCAGAAAUCGCUGGACAAGACGCCACCGAGGCAUUCUUCAGCCUUCAUCGUUACGAAGUCCUCCAGAGACCUCAAUAUCAACGAUUGCGCAUCGGUCAGAUCGACGGAGAGGAGCCUCAUAUCCACGGUCGGGUUGCAGGGGAGCUCAGCAAAGUUCCUUAUGCUGAGCCUACGUGGCUCUCUGAUGGUUAUCAUAGCCCUUACUACACUGAGGGACAUAGGAUCUUCCAGAAGGCCGUUCGGCGGUUCUUCGAUGAAGUUGUGUAUCAGGAUGCUCUCGACCGUGAAGCAGAUGGGAAACGACCAUCGCAGAGCGUUAUUGACAAAAUGACUGCUCUGAACAUCCAUGCCAUGCGUCUAGGGCCUGGUAAACACCUCCAAGGUCGCAUUCUAAUGGACGGUCUUGUAACGCCUGAGACAUUCGACUACUUCCACGAGUUGAUCAUUACCCAAGAAUUCGCAAGAUCAAGUCUACGAGGCUACGGUGAUGGUCUCAUGGGUGGCAAGGUUAUUGGGCUUCCUCCAGUCCUCAAUUUUGGCAGCGAAGAGCUUAAAGCGAAAGUCGUACCCGAAGUUUUGAGCGGCAAGAAGUUCAUCUGUCUUGCUAUCUCAGAGGCACACGCAGGAAGCGAUGUUAUGGGCUUGCAAACAACUGCUGUUAAAUCAGAAGAUGGAAAGGAGUGGAUUAUCAACGGAACUAAGAAGUGGAUCACUAACGGAACAUUUGCCGAUUACUUCACUGUGGGCUGCAAGACUGAGGACGGAUUUACCGUCAUUCUGGUAGAGCGUGGUCCAGGUGUUGAAACCAAGCAGAUUAAAACCAGCUAUUCGACAACUGCUGGUACUGCAUACAUCACCUUCGAUAACGUAAGAGCGCCAAUUGGCAACACACUGGGUGAAGAAGGCGGAGGUAUUUUUGUCAUCCUCAGCAACUUCAACCACGAGCGAUGGGUCAUGUGUUGCGCUUCUGCAAGGAGCCAGAGGGGCAUCAUCGAGGAGUGUCUGAAGUGGACCACGCAGCGCAAAGUCUUCGGAAAGCCCCUGCACUCGCAGGCCGUCAUUCGCUCGAAGCUCGCGGGGAUGAUAUCGCGGGCAGAAAGUGUCCAAAGUUGGCUCGAGAAUAUCACGUAUCAGAUGUGCAAUAUGUCGUACAAACAACAAGCUGGAAAGCUUGCCGGCCAAAUCGCUUUAUUGAAGAGCUACUCCACAAGCUGUGGGCAAGACACUGCAAGAGAUGCUGUCCAGGUCUUUGGCGGGCGUGGAAUCACUCAAACGGGAAUGGGCAAAUUCAUUGAACACUAUCACCGCACAAUUCCCUUCGACGCACUGCUGGGAGGUGCCGAAGACGUUCUUGCAGAUCUCGGUGUGCGGCAAGCACUUAGGGCAAUGCCCAAGGACGUGAGACUGUAA